AUUAUCAAAAAUAACCUUUAACACUUAUCCAGAGGCUUGUUGUUAUUAUUAUUAUUGGUGAUUAAAAGUUUAACCCAUUUAGUAUCGGGUCUAAGAAAAGAGGAAUUAAUCUCCUGCAUGACGGGAGGCGAGUUCAUUCCGCAAUUUAUCUAGUUAAAUUUUUAUUAGUGAGCAUCAGGCAGUGAGCGGACUAAAAAGCACUUUGAGCAAUGCUUAAUAUGUGAUUUAUAAACAUUUUUUUUAAAAAUGUGUUAAAAAUAACAUGGAUAAAACAAUAUUGUGGACCGUAUUUUUAGUACUAAUUAUACAAAAUGUAAUUGCGCAAAAUUGCAAAAGGGAGCCAAAAUGCCAAAUAAGUCGCGUACAUGGUAUGAAAAGUGCCGAUUGUUUUAAUAAAAAUUUUAGGAGUUUUCCACAAUGCAUCACCAGUGAUGUACAGGUAUUGGACUUAUCUCAAAACCGUAUACGUAAAUUAGAUAAAAACGAUUUAAAGCGUUAUCAAUAUUUAAAACUGCUGUACUUAAAUGACAACGUAAUUGUUCAAAUCCACGAGGAUGCCUUCGAAGGACUGAACGAUUUAACCAGCCUAGACUUAUCGUUAAAUGCACUCAACAAAGUUCCACCCCUCGUUUUUCAACUGCCGAAUUUAAAAACCCUCUAUUUGGGGCACAAUAUGAACAUAAACAUAGCUGACUCUUUGGAGAGCUCCAAGUCCAUUUCAAGUCCACUGGCAAAUUUGGACUUGAGCUUCAUCUCCGACGGAAUACCGGCUGUGUUUCCAGAUUUCGGAAAUUUGCCUUUACUUUUUCAAUUGAACAUCUCUGGUACCGAGUUCGAAAAUAUGAGCCCAAGCCAUUUUGCCGGACUCUGCAAUUUAAAAUAUUUGCACAAUGAGAACACAACCACCGAAUUUUUUGAAUCGUGUGAUUGCAUAAAAAUUAACAAAUGGCUUAAAGAUCGAAAAGUCGAGUUCAAGCCCUUUGUUUGCGGAUCAAAUUUGUUUGAAUGUGAAACUGAUAUAAGUGAGGAGGAUUUGCAAAAAUACGACCAAUGCAAAAUAGUGGCCGAAAAAUAUGUAAGGACGAUAAAAAUUAAUAGAGGACUCAUUUACGCUGGCAUAGUGGCAGGCAUUUUUGUAGUAUGCGUCGCUUUGUAUUUUAUUUAUAAAAAAACCAACAGAAUUAAACCAAAGAAGGCAAAAGAAAAUAACCUCCUUUUGUAAAGCUAAAAAUUGUGAUAUAACCUUGAAAUAUUAGCUUAGUUUUUUUAUUUGUUAGGGUAGUAAAAUAAUUUGUUAAUAAACGAUUUUAGUAUAACUACCUUUAUUUAAAUACCCUGUAUAGUAAUUAAACAAAAUGUA